AUGCCGUGCCUAUUCAAUGUACAAAACGCAAUACUGAGGAAUCUCAUGAGCCUACCUCAGUGUUGCCAUCUCAACGAGGUUUUAAAUUAGCCUCUUUAAAUAUCAAUAAAUUAAUCACACACAUAGAUCAACUUAGAAUUCUUCUAGCGCAUAACGAAAUAGAUAUUUUAUCGAUUAAUGAAACUAAGUUCAAUGAAACUAUUAGCGACAAUGAGGUCAACAUCUCUGGCUAUGAUAUAAUUCGACGUGAUAGAAUCACAAACGGUGGAGGAGGAGUGUGUUUCUAUGUGAAAAGUUCAAUAAAUUUUACCAUACGAAAUGAUUUAAACAUGGACACUCUUGAAAAUCUGUCUGGAAAUUCAAAAACCUAG